AUGAGUGCGAAUAUGCUUGCGAUACUCAUCACAAUGGUGAUACCGUCGGUGGCGAUCUGUUUCGUGCUGGUGAUCGCGUUCGCCAAUAUAUAUCUGAAUAUCAGACGGCGCUUUCCGGCAAAGGUCAAUUGCUGGUUUUGCAACAGCGACACAUGCGUGCCGUACGAUCAGUCCAAUUCAUUCGUAUGUCCGGCCUGCACACAGUACAAUGGGUUCACUGCCGACGGGGACUACAAUCGCGAAAUACCGGAGCAGUACCAGGCAAAGUUGAACAGGGAUUACUGCGUCAGCCCACUGGGCAACAUAACGGACGACGACAAGUGGGGCAACGCCAAAGGGUUCGUCGCAUCGGCCACUCACUAUAACGGCCUGUGCUUCGGGUGCAACCGCAAUCAGGAGUUGAAGAUGCAUCAACUGGCCUCGUUCGUGCCAGAGGAUGAAUCUAACUACGACUGCGAGGUGGAGGAAUACAGCAAACAACUGGAACAGGCCUACAAACUGUGUGGACGCUGCGAACGCGUUCUCAAGCGCACCCUGAACGACGUGAAGCGGAAUAUUCUCGGUUCGAAGCUGGCCCAACUCGGAAGCAAAGGUCUGUCGGUGCUAGAUAUGCAUAUGCGCGCCUCUACGAAGCAGAUCGCGCGCAUGAAGCGACAACGGUGGGCUCGGUUUUGUGUGUACGCCGUUACGCUGCUCCUGGUGUUGAAGCUGCCGCAAGAAUUCGCUGAUGCCGGCUGGCACUUGGUCGACCUGAUACAGCUCUGUCCCGCUCCCCUGCUCACUGGGUUGACUGUGGCGCUGUCCUACAUGCUGACCAUACGGCAAGUGGUACAACAACAGUUGACAAACCUACUAACCGAACCGGCCAUCCAGCAGACGACCGAGCGUAUGGAUGCGUUGGGCCGGGAACUGAUGCAAAAGUACGCACCCGAGCUAAUGUCCACUUCUAACAAGUGCUUCGACACACUCGGAGAGCACGUAUCGAACGAGCAGCGCACCCACCUUCUGCUCAAUGUGGCCAUAAUGGCCCUAGCUGCGCUGCUAGUCUCGCUCGGUAGCCAAAGGAUGGCCAUCAGACAGGCUACGAUCAUUGCGCUGGGAGUGGUAGACUGCGUUCUGAAGUACAACUAUCAACGGAUGGACACGGGCUUAUACUUUAGCAUCGCGGCGCUAGGGUUGUCGGUUAGCUGCCUCGGUCAACAGUCCAUUCGUGGCGAUGUGGCCGGAGGUGAUCUAAACUCGAGCUUCCAUAAAAUUUACUCGCAGCAGUGCAGCGAAAGCGACUACUCCGACGUCGAUACCACAUUCAGUGAGAACCACUCGAUGAGGAACUGUGGCCAGGGUAGCAAAGUCUCUCCGAACGUCCAGCGUACCGUCACGCGACGCGAGGUUGCCGAUCUCAGUCAAAAGUCCCUGGACACAACGAAAUCGAUGAGUCCGUCCGCAUAUUCACUGUCGCCAACGAAUGCGUUCUUUUUCCCCGACUAUCGGAACAGCGGAAGCCACACUCCGUCCGUUCGGGCGGAACCGAGCGAUAAAGUUAGUGGCUCACUGUUCAAUAUUCCCGACGGGGUGCGUCACGAAUCGGCUGAAGCAAGUUCCGUGUUCAAUCGGUCCACCGUCGCCGCUGCUGGUUCCCUACUGAAAACGCCGUCCUUUUCGGUGGACGAUUUUUCCCGCACUGCACAGCUCAGUGGCAACCAUCGUGAGCCGGAACUCGGGUUCCGCGGCGGACUGAAUCCGUUUCAUCGCUCGAUGAGCACCAUCCGUCGGAAGGAGCCGUGUGAUGAUCCACUGAUCGAAGACGAUAUCGAUCGGUUGUCGAUUAGUGGACGUGCCUCGCUUAACACCUCCCGAACCAGUAACAAUCCGUUCGCACAGUUUGACGUGGACAGCGGCCCUCUGUCUGGCGUCCGUCGGAGGCGCAAUGCGCAACCGUCGGAGCCGUUCCCAACGGUCAGCGAAGAAUCGAUAUGGCCGAAGCGUACGCCGACCGGAAAUGCCAGCAGUGUCAUCGGCGGACAGACUCACAUGUCCCGUACCUCAUCACAGAGUUCCGGGUUCGAAUCGCAGAGUGCCACCCGGCGAAACACGCCAACCGAGGUGGAAUCACUGGCGGUCGGUACAGGCCCUGAUGUGGUCCACGAACCUGCGACAGUUCCACCACCAUCUCCAGUCCCUUCCUCGGCUUCCGUUCUACAGCGGAACUACCACCAAGCAGCUAGUCCCUGGUACGGGGCCCGAGUAAGCUUACCAGCGACCUCGCCGCCACAGCACCACCACAACCACCGGUCACUGUUCAGCGAGCAGAGUCUAUUCAAAAAUGCCUUCCAACAGCCACAGCAGUCCGGAGCACCGAAUGGACUGUUUUUCCCGCGCCUAAACCUUACCAGCGCCGGAGGUCCUGGUUCGACUACUAGUUCGGCUGCUUCCUCAGCUUCCCAUGUCAAUAUGAGACACAUUUUUCCACCGCAACAAUCGCAAACACCAUCCUAUCACUAUCACCAUCAAUAUCCGGUGGCCGCCAGCACGACGCUGGGUUCCAAUUACGACUACACGGCACCAACACUACCUCCUCUAGCGGCAUUGCGAGCGACCCAACCGCCAAGAUUGUCGCCGUUCAACGCCGUCACUGCCGGAGUAUUUGGCGGAAAGGGCGUAACAUCGACGGGCCCAUCGUCCUCCCUAGGUGGAACCAGUUUCUAUACCUCUUCGAGGUCCAUCACUGCCAGCGGCAGAGCGAGUCUGCUGAAUCUUAGUAAAUUAACCAACAAAACAAACGGCGGCGGCGGAGGCGACCUUUCGCCCGCCGUCUAA